AUGAUUGUAUAUACAAUACUACUAUUAUUUUUAACAAUUAUAAAUGCUGAUUUCAAUUCAUCUUUUCAAUAUAGAGGUAUAAGCUUAGGUGGUUGGUUAGUGUUAGAACCUUAUAUAACCCCAACUUUAUUUAAUGAUACAUUAUUAAAUAAUGAAACCUUCAAGGAUAUACCGGUUGAUGAAUUCCAUUAUUGUUCUAAAUUAGGUACAGAAGAAGCUAAAAGUAGACUUGAAAAUCAUUGGGAUACUUUUUAUAAUGAAACUGAUUUUGAGCAAAUCAAAAGUUAUGGAUUAAAUAUGGUUCGUAUACCUGUUGGUUAUUGGUCUUUUAAAAAAUUUAAUAAUGAUCCAUAUGUUCAAGGUGCUCAAGAUUAUUUAGAUAAAGCUAUUGAAUGGUGUUCCAAAAAUGAUUUGAAAGUAAUGAUUGAUUUACAUGGUGCUCCUUUUUCACAAAAUGGUUUUGAUAAUUCUGGGUUAAGAAAUAUUGGGUACCCUGGUUGGCAAAACAAAACUGAAUAUGUAAAUCAAACUUUGGAAGUAUUGCAGUUGAUUUAUGGAAAGUAUGGAUCAAGUACUUAUUCAGAUACAGUAAUUGGAGUUGAAGUUUUGAAUGAACCAUUAGGACCAAAGUUGAACAUGAACAAAAUCAAGAAAUUUUAUAUUGAUUCAUAUAAUGACGCAAGAGUAAUUCAAGAAGUUAACAAUACUUUAUUUUAUCAUGACGUAUUUGAGAGUAUUGGUUACUGGGACUCAUUUUUUAAAGAUGGUAAUUUAACCUAUAGGAAUGAUACAAAUGAAACAAUUCACGAAUCUACAGACUUCACAAAUAUAGUGGUAGAUCAUCAUCAUUAUGAAGUAUUUGGAAAUGUAGUAGGUGAUAAUGUAUCUCAACAUCUACAAAACAUAGAAAACUACGCAUCAUCAAUAGCUGAUGAGAAACACCCAGCAAUAGUUGGUGAAUGGUCUGCUGCAUUAACUGAUUGUACACCAUGGUUAAAUGGAGUUGGAUUAGGUAACAGAUACGAAGGCUCUGAACCUUACGAUAAUAAACCCUUUGGGAAAUGCUCAACAAAGAAAUGGUCAACUGAAGAUAUAAAAGAUCAUAGAAGAUUUGUUGAGAUGCAAUUGUAUCAAUAUGAAAAAAAUACUCAAGGUUGGAUUUUUUGGUGUUGGAAAACUGAAGGACAAGCUGUGGAAUGGGAUUUUAAACAAUUAGUUGAGUUAAAAGUUAUUCCACAACCUCUAAAUGAUUACCAGUAUAUUAAAAAUGGGAAGGAUAUCAGUGGAGCUUCUACAUUAAAUUUAAAUCUAAACAUUUAUCAUUAUUUGACAUUUGCAUUUAUUGUUUUAAGCAUUUUAUAG